AUGGCUUCGUUAUCCACCAAGAAACAAAAUUACCGCUGUUACUGUCAAGACUGCCACGGCAAAGUAGUAAGUCGCUGGGAGAAAGAAAAGCACCAACGAGAGGAAGUUCUGCGAAACAACAAAAUUGCCAUUCAAAAUAAUCAAGGGGGUACUUCUGCCGUUCAGAUCCCGGGGAAUCCAACUGGGAGCUUGAGCCAUCUACCGCGCUAUCCCACCCCUUCGGUUCCUCUCGCAGAGGGAUACCUAGGCUCUCCGCUGCCCAUCGUUGCUGAUGCUCCGAGUGCAUCCCUGCCACAGGUGCCGACUCACAGACCACAUGAGAUAGAGUCCGAGCAGCCCCACGAUGAAGAUAUAUUUAACAUGGACGUUGAUUCCUCCAGUGAUUCUGACUCGUCUAGCAGCAUCAAUCAGAGCUCUAUCGAGGCUGGGUCUCCUGCCGACGACUUUCCCAAUGAUCACGGCUCGGUAUAUGCGCCCUCCGCAAGGUCCACCGAGGAUCCCGAUCGACAGGAGGACUCGAGCGAUGACCAUGCAUCGCUGUAUGCGCAUUAUCCUGCCUCCAACAUUGAAGCCUCUCCUGCCCCAACCGCUCCCGGACUGCCUACACCUACUGGACAUCUGAACCUGGGACGUCAGAAAUCUGCGCAGCCCACAGCCCCUGAGGACAAACCUCUUGCUCAACAACGAGGUCUGCGUGCGCGCAAGGUCCAUGUUCGAACGGAAGUCUUGACUCUUCAGGAGCAAUCGCAACUUGGCACUCGACAGCUUGGUCUCUAUGACAAUCCAGAUGACGGAAGCGAUGUUCAGGAUCCUCUUGCCUCCAGCAGAUUUGCAGCGGUUGCAUUCCUCAAUAUCAAGUAUCACGUCACUUUCCGCGCGUGCUCACUCAUCCUGUGGACAAUGCGGACCAUUUUUAUCGCCCUUGGACACCUUGCGCAGAACGACAAGAUGCCGACAACGCUGACAUCAGUCAUCUACAACUUCGAGCUCGAAGACAGGUUCCAAAUAUCCCCCGCCUGUCCGGUGUGUCAUGAGCUCUUCGCUCCCUCCAGCGGGCCCGAUUCUACAUGUCCCCAUUGCGAUGUAGGAAUAUUCCAACCACAAAACCGGACCUUGUUCGAAAGUCUCACUGGGCGAUCUGCUCCGCGGCUGUUGCCUAAGGUUGCUGUACCGAUCUCCCCUCUGUCAAAUCUUUUAGUUGACUUUCUCGCGGAGGGCGAGAAUGAGUCCAUCUGCGAGCAGUGGCUUGACUACGAGCCCAGCGAGGCCGGUGAGUAUCACUCGAUGCUGGAUGGUGACGUGCCGAGAACUGUCAAGGACAACAACGGCAAACGUUUCUUUGCUCGCACCUCACUUUCUCAACCGAAUGAACUUCGGAUCGGAGUGACACUCAGUCUGGACUGGUUCAAUAAGAAUACAUCGAACUACUGUGGAAGUCACUCCAUUGGCAUUGUCUCAUUCUGCGUUACGAAUCUCCCGCCUGAAUUGAGAUAUAUGACGUCCAACCUAUUGAUACCCGUUAUCAUACCUGGGCCUUCGGAGCCCACCGCGGAACAGCUGCAGAAGUACCUCAAGAUUAUCGUUGACGAUCUUAUCAAGCUAUUUGAGGAGGGCAUUAUGAUCAAGACACCUCAGUACCCCGAAGGUGCGCUCCACCGAUUCAUCUUCAAUAGGAUCAUGGGCACAGUGAGGCUCCAUGCACCAAGUGCAAUGUCCCUCAUGACAAACUCUUCUCCGAGAAGUCGCUCCAUAAUGGCUAGGAGCCUCGCCACGGGAAUGGCCAAGAAUCAGUGGUAUGCCCAGUGGAUCCAGAAGAAGACCCUCAGGGCUCCAACAGCAAAGGAAGGUCGUGAGCUUGGCGUGGUCCAUGAAUUUCUAGAGACGUCACCACUAUGGGCCGGCCGUCUCCCGGUACGCAUGGGUGAGCCUGCAGGGGGUGCUCUUACAGCGGAUGAGUACAAGUUUGCCACGACUGUGGCCCUACCAAUGAUUAUUCCUGUCGUAUGGGAUACAUUCCUCGCAUCUGCACAGAAAGACUUUGACAAGCAGCAGAAGAAGCACAGGGCUGACAUUGCGGCAUAUGAUAUAGAUAUCAAGGCGUGGAAGGAACGACACCCUGACUAUGAGCAAGAAGCUGGUCCUGCGACGCAGAGAGCCCGAAAGGGUGUUCCACCUUUACCUACACCUGCUGGGACUCGCACGGAUGGCCAUCCUAAGAAGCGGAAGCUAGAUGAGGCCGACGACCCCAUGCCGGCACCACCUGACACUCCUGAGAAGCGGAUGCACAAGGAGGAGCCUCUCCUCUUCCUCCGAUUUGCCACGGCUAUCAAGAUAUUACUGGGCCGGCCAAUUGACGAUCGCGCGAUUGUGAGAGGUCUUACGCUACUCCGGGACUACCUGCUUCAAUACCGCGAGCUCUAUGGUGAGAAGGCCAUGAAGCUGAACCAUCACUGGGUCGUACAUCUCCCCGACCAGAUCCGUGAUUAUGGCGCUGUCUACAAUUUCUGGCUCUUUCUCGUGGAGCGACUCAACAAGACUCUCAAGAACUACAACACUAAUCAUCACGGUGGCGGGGAGCUUGAGGUAACACUUAUGCGCACAUUCCAGCGUGAAUCACGUGUACGAGCUCUGGCCUCCCAACUGUCUAAGGACAGCAGCCUGCAUAUGGCUGAGUGCGCACUCGGCGAGAGGGUCAUGGCAAAACCAGGUGAAGACCGCGGGACCGUGGAAGCAGCCCCUGUGGAGAAGUCUGCUGUGGCUGACGGUUCACACUACCCAGCUGACGAGUGCUCCUACUUCUACAGCACUCUUGCCCCUUCGCCUAGACCUUGGGCCAAAGGUUUCUCAGGUGCUGCAGGCGCUCUCUGGAAGUGCAAUCAUUGCUCUGCUUGA